ACGUUGCGCUAGUUACUUUUUAUAGUUAGUCACUAAGAAUGAUUUUGUAGCCAUGAUUAAGAGCUUGAUGAUACUCUCGGAUAAUGGUCUUGUAAUUUAUUAUAAAGAUUUUAUAUCCACUUUUCGACAGGAGAAAAGUUUGAUAGUUGGUGCGACAAUAAGAAGUUUAUUGCUUAUGACUGAAGAGUGUAAUGAUGUUCCCUUAUCUUAUGUUGAGUUUACAAACGUUGCACUUUCCUUGUGUGUUGAUAAGGAUCAUUUUAGACUUAUUUGCGCCGUAUUUCAUGAUCCUAAAUAUUCAAGUACUUUUGGGAAAAUGCUUUCUAGAGAACUUCUCCGGGUGUUUUGUGAUCUUUAUAGUAGUCAGUUAUCUGUCCUUUCGACUAAUAAAAUUCUGGCCGACGAAUUUUCUUCAUUUGACAGCAAAAUAUCUCAUGGCGUUAGAAAUACUUUUUUACCUCUUCUACGUUUGUUAAAUAAGCAGAGCAAUAUUUUUUCCUGUGCUUUGAUUCAAAAUGGAAAGAUAGUGUGCUCAACUCGCCCUGUCUCCGCUCUGUCGUUGAGCGCGAACUUACAGUUCUUUUUAGACUACUCCCAAGAUUUAUUUGCCUGCGUAGCUGAUCACUUAGUUUCAGCCACCUUUCUAACUAACAAUGGACAAAGACUUGUUAUGAAACAAAUAAAAAACUACAUCUUAAUAGUUGUCGUCAGCUCUCAGGCAAAGUUGGAUUCCGUUAAUAAGGCUCUAAGCAGGACGAUUUUAACGCUGGAAAGAGCCUUUACGAUCUUGGAAAAUCUGGAAGUUGCUUAGUAACUUUACUUCUGCG